UCAAAUAAUAUUGACAAAAGUCCUUUAGAUUGAAAGCUAGAAGAACACCACCCGGAAAGGGUACUUGAGCAGUCGGUUGUGCUUCCGGUCUCUCUUUCCACCUCUCCUCGCUCCACGAUGACUAAGAAGAGACGUAACAAUGGCCGUGCCAAGAAGGGCCGCGGACACGUCCAGCCCAUCCGCUGCACAAACUGCAGCCGUUGCGUGCCCAAAGACAAGGCCAUCAAGAAGUUCGUGAUCAGGAACAUCGUUGAAGCCGCUGCGGUCCGUGAUAUCUCCGAGGCCAGUGUGUUCGACUCUUACGUGCUACCGAAGCUGUACGUGAAGCUGCACUACUGCAUUAGCUGUGCCAUCCACAGCAAGGUAGUGAGGAACCGCUCCACUGAAGCCAGGAAGGACAGAACUCCUCCACCCCGCUUCAGGCCAGCUGGUGGCCCACCACGCGCUCCACCGAAGCCAAUGUGAUAUGGAAACAUUUUGAAAUAAAAAGUCCCAACAUA